AUGCCACCUAAGAAGGCUAAAGCUACAGAGGCAACAAAGCAGCAUGUUGUAGUCAAUGAAGAUGUCAACGCUACGGAAGUAUUGGAAUCUAAAGUGGAAACACCAAAGGCCUGUAUUGAUAAGGAUAGUGGUGAAAAGGUUAAAGGACCAUUAUUAAAUACAGAGACGGUGAUCGUAGGUACCAAUGAAGCCGACGUAGUAGAAAUUCGAGAAGAAUCAGAUAGCAGCGAGCCAAGACAAAGGAACUAUGAUGAUGAAUUAACACAUGAUAAAGAACUAAGGUUUGAAAUGGCGGUUAAUGCAAAACAUGAAAGAUCUAUAUGUAUGGAAGAAUUUCGAAGGGAACUUAGCAUGUUACAGCAUCUAACAAAGGAUUUCGAAACAAAACCAGAAGAGGUAAAUGCAAGAAGGGACAGGUAUGAACAAACAUUUCAUAAAUUUGUUAUUAGUCACGAGAAUUAUAUGCAGCAUGAAGAUGACAUAGAGAAGAAAGACUUAAUGACUGACAAUUAUAAUGAUCAACGCGAUGUCAAACUACAACUAGAUUACAUGGUAGAUCUGUGGCAAACCAAUCGAGAAAGAUAUCUAAAGCCCCCAUCAGAAUCUGGAUAUAGUUUGGCAUCUCGUAAAAGCAGAAGUAGUCGAACAUCUAGUAGAAGCAGUGUGAAAGAAAGAAGGAAGGUUAUGGAAGAGGCAAAGUUGAAAAUGCAGACCUUAAAGGAGAAACAGGAGCUAGAGCGCCAACUUGAAGUAGCUGAGCAAAGUAAGACGGAGCUUUCCAGGAAGAUUAAAUUACUGAAUGCUGAAGCAGAGCUAAAGCAGGCAAAGAUUGAUUUUGUUAUUGAUCAGAUUCCAGAUGACGAAGGUGUCGAUGGUAUGAAUGAAUACCUACGAGACUUUCAAGGUCCAACUUGCCCUGAAAAAUCUGAAAUUACCUACCCCAGUCAACCUAAAUUUGUCCCUGAGCACCCACCAACCCCUCAUUCUCCAGCAGCACAGGUACAACCACCUGCACCAUUGCUCCAUAACCAUCCUAGCCCUGAACCCAGACCGGAUGUACCCAACCUAGCGACAACUGAGUCGGACAGAUUCGAUAUUCCCAAAGUAGGACUAGAUGUCACGAGGAAUGAAUUUUAUCCAAAUGCUAAUCACGAAGCCACAAAUACCUUGCAAGAAGAACCAGCGCCGCCACCCCAACCGCAGCUAGAUGUAUGGAACUCCAUAGCACAGGCCAUAAAGGAAGGCCCUUCUUUACCCAAAAUAGAGCUCAUGAGAUUCGGUGGUGACCCCCUGGAAUAUGUAGAGUUUGUGACAAACUUUAAAGAUAACAUAGAAUCCCAAGUUUCUGAUGACUCCCAGCGGUUCACUCGCCUGUUAGCGCAGUGUGUCGGCAAAGCGAAGGAUGCAAUCCGAAGUUGCGUCAACCUUGAUGUCGGCCAGAGAUAUAAGGAAGCAAAGAGUUGUCUUCUUGAGAACUUUGGCCAGCCUCACAUUAUAGUAGAAGCUCAUAUGAAAAAGCUCAGAGAACUUCAAAUUAGAAAAACUGAUGCGAAUGCCUUGAUGGAGUUUGUGCGUCACCUAGAAGAUUCUGAGAGAGCAUUAAAGAGCAUGGGAUCCAGCUACUCCAAUCGGUUAGACAAUGAAGAUGUAAUAGUUAUGUUGAUGAGGAAACUCCCCGAAGAUGGCUUAAAGAGGAAGUGGGUGGACAGAGCUGGAGACCUUAUCAAGAGCAAAGACUAUGUACAAUUCGAUGACUUUGUAAAUUUCUUGAAGAAAGUGGCAGGGCGUAUAAACAACAGGUAUGGGAGAGAGCUUAAGCAAGCCAGUGAAGACAAGAAAUUUCAGAACAGGUCAAGAUUCGAGCAGCAAAGGAGAGUUAACGCAAACGCAAUUCAGGGUGGUUUGAAUAAGGAAGAUACACCUGUAAGAACUGGUCGUAAGUGCCCCCAGUGCUCUGGACCACACGGUGUCUGGAGGUGCCAAGUAUUCAAGUCAUGCACCUUAAAGGAUCGUCUGAGAACUGUGAAACAACACAAACUUUGCAGAAUAUGUCUCGGCGAAGGCCAUUUUGCGAGGUCAUGCAAAAGUGGAUUCACCUGCCGUGUAGCCGGAUGCGGAAAACAUCACCAUUAUCUAAUCCAUGAUGAUCAAGACGCUAAAGGGGAACACUCCACCAAUCAAGAUAACGAGAUGCAAAGUCACGACGGUUUAAAGAAGGAUGCUGGCACCCAAAGUAUUACAGCCGAUGAUAGACAGAAUCAGGUAAAUCUACAUAUGUCUACACCAACGACAGCCGGAACGUCAAAAGAGCGAGUCAACAUUAGCGCAGUCAAAGCAAGUCGACCACGGGUUUGUUUUAAGGUAGUACCGGUCAAGGUGAGCAACCCUACCAGUGACAAGGAACUUGUUACGUACGCAUUUUUAGACAGUGGAUCCGAUACGACUCUUUGUCUGGAAAGUUUAGUUGAAGAUCUAUCAGUGAUUGAUGCGAAACCGGCUAAAUACACUAUGACGACAGUGAACUCGCAACAACAGAAGGCAGGCUAUGAGGUACGGUUGGACAUCGAAUCGGUAUCGAGCAGUGAAAAGUUCCAGCUUGAAGGUGUACUAACCACAGACAGCUUACCAGUGACUCCGAGACACGUAGCGACCAACAAAGAAGUUCAAGAGUGGCCUCAUCUGCAGGACAUUGUCUUACCCGAAACUGGAGAUGAACAGGUUACCAUUUUGAUAGGAAGUGAUCGACCUGAUAUAAUUGAUAAUUUUCUCGACCGAAGAGAUGGAACAAAAGGGCAACCAUGUGCAGUUAAGACACCUCUAGGAUGGACAGUGUAUGGUCCAAUGGGAGAACCUCGAUGCGAGCAAGUGUCCAUUAAUUCCGUUAG